AUGGAGCGCUUAGGAGUCAUCUCACGGGUUGAAGAGGCAACUGAGUGGUGCGCGCCUAUGGUGGUGGUGCCGAAGAGGAACGGCAAGGUGCGCAUAUGCGUCGACCUUACGGAACUUAACCGGUUUGUUCUAAGGGAGUGGUACCCGAUCCCUUCAGUGGAACACACGCUGGGACGGCUGUCAGGAGCAAAAGUCUUCUCGAAGAUUGAUGCCAACGCAGGUUUUUGGCAGGUUCCAUUAAGCAGUGACAGUCGCCUCCUCACCACCUUUAUCACUCCAUUUGGUCGUUUUUGUUUUAACCGACUACCAUUCAGAAUCUCAUCAGCACCGGAACAUUUUCAAAGACGCAUGACUGAAGUGCUGGAGGGUCUGCCAGGAGUUAUUUGCCAUAUGGACGAUGUACUGGUGUUCGGCUCAACUAGGGAACUUCACGACGCAAGACUUCGCGCUGUUUUGGACAGUCUAACAAAAGCCGGAAUCACGCUAAACUCCCAGAAAUGCGUCUUUGGAGUGGAAACUGUUGACUUUCUCGGUAACACUAUUGCGGCAGAUGGCAUCCGCCCCAACAAACGAACCCUGGAUGCCAUCACGAACAUUCCUGCCCCGACCUCAAGAACGGAGCUCAGAGAUCUUCUCGGGCUAGCGACGUAUCUCGGACGUUUCGUGCCCCGCCUUUCAGACCUCUUAGCACCCUUGACUUCCAUGCUGAGCAGUAAAAGUGAAUUCGUGUGGGAGGAGCCGCAACGAGAAGCUUUUCUGCGUUGGAAGGAAAUACUGUCUUCCUCACCCGUCCUAGGGAUUUACGACGUAAACCGCGAAACUAUAGUUUCUGCCGACGCAUCCUCCUACGGCUUAGGUGCAGUCCUCCUGCAAGAACAAGAUGAUGGGUCGUUAUGCGUCAUCGCCUACGCCUCCAGGACCCUUAGUGACACUGAACGUCGCUACGCUCAGAUUGAGAGAGAGGGGCUGGCACUCGCCUGGGCAUGCGAUAGAUUUCAAGAAUUCCUGAUCGUCAGGUCGUUCCGUUUAGAGACUGAUCAUAAGCCGCUUGUGACGCUACUUAGCACAAAGUUUUUGGACGACCUCACGCCUCGUCUUCAAAGGAUAAGAAUGAGACUCAUGAGAUAUUUCUACACAGUUACGUACGUCCCAGGAAAACAACUCAUUGCUGCCGAUGCGCUCUCGAGGAACCCAGUGCAGUCAACGGGCCCAUCGAUACUCGACCAAGAAGUCGGAGCAUACGUCCGGAUGGUGGAAAGCUCACUGCCUGUCACUUCGAUGAGCAUCAAAGCUAUCAGUGCAGCGCAGAAGGACGACAAAAUUUGCCAAGCACUUAUGAAGUUCAGCACGACCGGAUGGCCCUCUCGCCGCGAUCUUAGCCCAGAAAUGAAAGUUUACUGGGAGUGCAGAAACAGCAUCGCCCUUGCAGAUAACCUCCUCAUGUUCAAGGACCGGAUUGUCGUACCAGCCUCGCAUCGGAAGUAUGUGCUGCAGCAGAUACACAGCGGCCACCAGGGAAUGGUGAAAUGCAAAGCAAGGGCUAAAGACAGCGUUUGGUGGCCAAGUAUAGCGCAGGACAUCGAGAACUUCGUUCGCAGCUGUAUUCCCUGCACUGAACAUGCGAUGAUGGUGGCUCAUCGUAGUAGAUUACUACUCUCGAUUCCCGGAGAUCGUCCCGCUCCACAACCUUUCAUCGGCGACGGUGACAGAGCAUUGCAAAUCUUUGCGCGUCAUGGAAUCCCAGAGGAGGUCAUUUCGGACAACGGACCUCAGUUCUCCGGAGAGCAAGCAUCACAGUUUAAGAAGUUCGCCGAGAUGUACCAGUUUCGCCACGUCACAUCAAGCCCUCGGUACGCCCAAAGUAACGGCCUCGCGGAAGCCGCUGUAAAAAUCAUCAAGAAUUCAAUGAAAAAGACUGGCGACCCCUACGAGUCACUACUCGCCUACCGGUCAUCUCCUCUGCAAAAUGGGUACUGUCCCUCUGAACUACUAAUGGGUCGGAGACUUCGGACAACCAUACCGACUCCUGACAGCAACCUUCUGCCUAAGAUCCCAGACUACAACGAGUUACAACGGAAGGAGCUGAUGCUGAAAAACAGUCAGGCAGCCGCCUAUAACUCUCGCCAUGGGGUUUGA